AUGGCUACAAUCAGCCUUGGGAACGCUAGCCCGGCGGAAGACAUCAAACAUAUCGAUAUAAAGCACGCAUCUAUCCAGAUUCAGCCUUUGGCACUCGACACACCAAAUUUGACACCCGCUGCAACACCAGAGGAGACCUCCCCUACAGAAGAGCAUGCAAUGGCGGGCAAGAAAAUAUACUCAGCGCCGCGGCCGGACGACAAGGCAAAAGAGAUCGCUGCCAAAUUGACUUUGGAAGAACAGAUCUCAUUGCUUGCAGGAGCAGACUUUUGGCGGUCGGUGUCUAUUCCUGAAAAAGGCAUUCCAUCCAUCAAGACAUCGGAUGGACCCAAUGGCGCCCGUGGAGAAUUCUUCACUAACGGGACGCCUGCUGCUCUAUUUCCCUGUGGCAUAUCUAUGGCGUCCACGUGGGAUCUGGACAUGAUAGAAGAGAUCGGUCGUCAUCUUGGAGAAGAAACAAAGGCCCGAGGCGCCCAAGUGUUGCUAGCGCCCACGGUGUGCAUGCAUAGGUCUCCACUUGGUGGACGUAACUUUGAGUCGUACUCGGAAGAUCCGUUCCUCACAGGAAAACUCGCUGCUUCCUACGUUCGUGGUCUUCAGAGCAAGGGCGUUGCCGCUACGAUCAAGCACUUCCUCGGAAAUGAGCAGGAAACUGAGCGACAAGCGUACGAUGCUAUCAUUGCAGAGCGUCCGCUUCGGGAGAUUUACCUAAAGCCUUUCGAAAUUGCCGUCCGCGAAGCAUCACCAUGGGCCCUCAUGAGCGCAUACAACAUGGUCAAUGGUGUCCACGCCGAUGAAUAUGUGCAUUCACUCAAGGAGAUCUUGCGAGGCGAGUGGAAGUGGAACGGAGCCAUCAUUUCGGACUGGACGGGCACAUAUGCGACUGCGCCCUCAAUAAAAGCCGGUGUUGACAUCGAGAUGCCUGGCCCUUCCAAGUGGCGCAAAGUCGACCAAGUCAAAGAGUGCUUGGCGAAAGGCGAACUGACCCGCUCAGAUAUCGAAGAGUCUGCUGCCAGAGUCCUGUACCUUGUCGACCGUGUUAAGGGCUUGGGCAAUAUGACAACCGAACAGCCGGAGCAAUCGAUUGACAACGUCGAAACGCGAAACCUUAUCCUUCAAGCAGGCGUUGAAGGAUUGACCUUGUUGAAGAAUGAGAACAGCGUACUGCCGAUCAAGAAUGCCAGGAAGAUUGCGAUGAUUGGGCCCAACGUGAAGCGUGCCAUUGCCAGUGGAGGAGGCAGCGCUGGUCUGAAUCCCUAUUACAACGUCACCCCCUGGCAAGGUCUCCAAAACCGCUUCGAUGGCGAUAUCACAUUCGCGCAAGGUUGCGAUAGCUCAAAAUGGCUACCGCUCGCGUCCCCCUAUUGCAAGUCGAAUGGAGAGACUGGCGUGCGGUUAGAGUACUACAAGGGUGACCGAUUCAAGGGCGAGCCGGCGGUUGUCCAGCACAAGGUCAGCACGGAUCUCUGGCUGUGGGACUCUGCACCUAUGGAGCUUCUUCCAGACUUCUCGUUCAAGGUCAAGACCACGCUUACUCCCAAAUCGACUGGAAACCACAGCUUCAGCUUUGCGUCAGUCGGACCAGGACGCAUGUUCAUUGACGGAGAGCUUUUCAUCGACAACUGGGACUGGACUGACGAGGGUGAGGCUAUGUUUUCUGCUUCAGAAGAUGUGCUAAAGGCAAUCCAUCUUGAGGAGGGAAAGCCAGUGGAUAUUCUGAUUGAGAGCACCAACGAAGUACGACCUGCUUCGAAAGUAUCAGUUAUUGGUCGUCGCCACGAUUAUGGCGGCUGCCGUAUCGGCUAUCAAGAGGAGGACAAGGUCGACCGCCUACAGGAAGCCGCGGAUGUUGCGCGAGAGGCUGAUGUAGCUGUGGUUGUCAUUGGCUUGGAUGCUGAGUGGGAAUCAGAGGGAUAUGACAGGCAGACCAUGGACCUGCCAAAGAACGGAUCCCAAGAUCGUCUAAUCGAAGCUGUCCUAGCCGCCAACCCACGCACAGUCAUUGUCAACCAAUCCGGAACACCAGUCACCAUGCCAUGGGUACACAAAGCGCCUUCCAUUCUGCAAGCAUGGUACCAGGGCCAAGAAGCAGGAAAUGCUCUCGCAGAUGUCCUCCUAGGCAACAGCAGCCCCAGUGGAAAGCUACCAACGACCUUCCCGGUCAGAAUCGAAGACAACCCAGCAUAUCACAACUGGCCUGGCGAGAACCUCAAGACCGUCUACGGAGAAGGUAUCUACGUUGGUUACAGGCACUACGAGCGCUCUAAGAUUGCGCCACUCUUCCCCUUCGGCCACGGUCUUACCUACACGACAUUUUCGUACGGGACACCUAGUGCUAGCAGUGAUGUCCUCUCCGAAGAUGACACCAUAACAAUCACUGUACCUGUUACGAACACAGGUUCCAUACCCGCGCACGAGAUUGUCCAGGCCUAUGUCAAAGACGUCAAGUCGACGCUGCCACGCCCAGAGAAGGAACUACAGGCUUUCGGCAAGGUCUUCUUGCAGCCUGGCGAAACCAAGGACGUAGUCUUGACGCUGAACAAGUACUCUGUGGGUUACUUUGAUACCAGCCUGGGGCAGACUGGGGCUUGGAUCGCGGAGGAGGGAUUGUUUGAAGUGCUUAUUGGUGCUAGCAGCGCUGAUAUCAGGUAUGUUAUCUCAGGAGGGGUGUUUUUGAUAUGCAGAUGCUAA